AUGGCCGAGACACCACGCCGACCCCCGGAGUCGAACCCGCCCAAAACAGUCAAAGACAAGAAAUGCCAGUUCUGCCACCAACCGUUCACCUCGUCGUCAUUGGGCCGCCACCUAGAUGUCUUCAUUAGAGAAAACAACCCAAAACCACCAGAUGGAGUGCACGACGUCGAGGCCAUACGAAAGAUCAGGCAGAACAUUACCCGCCGUCAACCCAGAGGUGCCGUGGCUCGAUGGGGCACACCCGCCUCAGUCUCGGCGGCAACGCCGACUACGACAUCGAGGAAGAGCCCAGUUUCCGUAGAUACCAGAUCUCCGGCGGCAGGGUCACCGGUGUCUCAACUGGGUAGCUCCCAGCUGAGGGUUGGGCUUGGAAGGAGACACCCUUCUAUUACCCAUCGGGAGACCACCGGGACUGUCAAUGAUUCAACAGUGCGGGAAACAGAGGGUGGAAUCAGUCGAGCUGCCGUGGGAGACGGAGUUGGCCAAAGCCCGGGGCAGGGGCCUUCACAACGGUCUGUGAGCCGGCAGAUGCUGAAGCAGCAGCUAGACCUGAGGAGACAGAUACAGGAUGCCAUGGAUACCGCGAGAGCCGCCGAGCUGGCAUUGCGUGAAUUGAUAAGUUCACUGAGAGCUACCAAGCAGAAGGCUGACAUUAGCUCACUACCGUUCACGUUCGACCCGUUAUCCCUGGACUUCCCUGCCUUGACACUCCAGUGCCUAGAAUCUCCACCAACCCUUUUCGCAUCCACACAACAUCCAACAGCCACCUCGUGGUCAAUUCAACCCCCGGGACCCAGCCAACUCGAAGCACUGCACGCCUAUUUCCGAGGAAAGUUUAGGCAGUGGAAGGCCGCUUGUGUUUCCGCCACGGCAGCGGCUACCGAGGAACUGAGAUAUCCAUCCUCCCAAAGCACCACCAAACUCGACGCGAGCGAAGAGAUUCUCAAGGUGGAGAGGGAAGUUGAAAGAAUGGAGAAACAUGUCCACGAGCAUGUCCAAGCUACGUACUCGAUCUGGAGUGGGCUUGCUCAGGAGCAACGUGAACAUCUCUGGAAGCUAGAGCUCGCUCGGUGUUUGGACAAGAGGCGGAAGGAUGUUGACAAGCUGAUCGAAGAGGUACGCCUUCUCAGGCAGGACAACGCGAACCUCAGAACACAGCUCGACCAGGCCCACCGCCUACAGCUGCCCAAGGAGUUCAGGAUUGCACCGCCCUCUACAGUCUUUGUCGACGAAAGAUUACUCGCCCGUAUGCAGGAAGAUGGCUCGAGCGGGAAAGGAAUCGUCGGCCUAAGUCUCACGGAUCGCCAGUCUGAUUUGAACACGAUUGUUUCAGCGGCGGUCGAGAGGUGGAAACAGGUUAUCCUCUCAAAUCGCUCCGUCAGUACUGGUCUGCAGACGCAACGGCCACUCAAUGCGCCAGAUACGACAGACGUGAGUCAGGGAGUUGCGGGUCUAAGCACAACUCAGCCUCCAUCAUUCCCAUGCAGACAACAAGGGUUCCAAGAAGCACCACAGCCGGUCUCGAGUCGCCAGCAUUCUCUCCAGAUGCCGCAGCCACCGAAAGCCAUUGCCAAAAGUCCGCGCCGCGCUAUGUCAGCCACAUCGGCCGUGACAGCAAUGACCCCGCCAUGCCCACCAGCAGCCACAACAUCAAGCGUGGCGCCUUCAGUGAGCACACAUGCAGAUGAUGAGGACAUGAAUGACCAAGACGUGGGGACGGACAAGGAUGCACACGAACACGCCGACGGUGGCUCGGACAUUGAUGCCGACGGAGAUGCGGAUAUUGAUGCAGAAGGGGAUGCAGAGGGUGAAACGGACGCUGAUGCCGACGCCGAUGCGGAUAUGGAGGAUUGCCCGGGUCCCGGCGGCUACACCGAAGCUCAACGGCAACCCCUCGCGGAGCAGCCGCCACCACAUCCACUUUGGGUGCGCAGUCACAACAAAUGA